AUGUCGUCAAGAGAAGAAAAAACUCAAGAACAAGAGGAUCUCGAGGCUUCGACAGUUGCGACCAAGUUGAAUGGACUGAAAGCCAAAAUUGCGAGGAAGGAAACGAUUGUAGCAAAGGAAAUGCAGGAAAAAAACGUCUCAAAGGACGUGAUGGUGGGUUCGGCGAGUGUUAUGCGGGUGUGCACCUCAUCCUUUGUGAGUAUCCGCGUCAAGAAGUUUGAGCCGCACAUACCACUGGAUUUUCAAAGCUGA